CGUGGCUUACUUAUGUGGCGCGUGGCGGUGCCAGAAAAAAAUUUCGAACAAACUCCCAACUUUCUGAACUUUUCUCCCUUCUACUUUUGCAGCGACAAAGAAGCACAGCAACGAUGGCGCCGACUACAAAAGCAGAGCUGAAGAAGAAGCGGAAGCAUAAUGAGUCGUUUAAGGAGAAGAAUGGGAUGAAGAAGACUAAGGAGGUGUCGAAGAAGAGAGUGGAGGUGGAGGAGGAGGAGGAGGAUGAUGAUGUUGAUGAAGAGGCGUUGUUGGCUGAAGUUGAUGCUGAUUUCGCCGGUCUUGAAGAGCAGGUGAAGAAGACGUCUGGCGGUCAAGAUGAUGAAGAUAGUGAUGAGGAGGAUGAUGAUGAAGAAGACGAAGAAGAGACUGGAAAGAUCGCGUCUGGGGACGAGAGCGAGGACGAGAAAGAGACUGAAGAGAUUGGCCAGCGAGCACCACAGGCCGCGCUGACGACUUCGACGACGGCGACAAAGUUCUCAGAGCUGAAUCUGUCGGAGCCAACGAUGCGCGCUCUGGAAGGCGACAUGAAGUUUUCUGCAAUGACGCCGGUUCAGGCGCGUACAAUCCCACCCUUACUUGCCGGUCGUGAUGUGCUCGGCGCGGCCAAGACGGGAUCGGGCAAGACGCUCGCGUUUUUGAUUCCGGCGGUUGAGAUGCUGCGGUCGCUCAAGUUCAAGCCGCGGAACGGAACCGGCGUGAUUGUUGUCUCUCCAACGCGUGAGCUGGCGUUGCAAAUUUUUGGGGUUGCGCGCGAGUUGAUGGCGCAUCAUUCGCAGACGCUCGGGAUCGUGAUUGGCGGUGCGAACCGGCGCGCGGAGGCGGAGAAGUUGGAGAAGGGCGUGAAUAUGCUGAUUGCGACGCCGGGAAGAUUGCUGGAUCAUUUGCAAAACACAAAAGGGUUUGUGUUUCGGAAUUGCAAGGCGCUUGUGAUUGACGAGGCGGAUCGGAUUCUGGAGAUUGGAUUUGAAGACGAGAUGAAGCAGAUUGUGAAGAUUUUGCCAAAGGAGGACCGGCAGAGCAUGCUGUUUUCUGCGACGCAGACGACGAAGGUUGAGGAUCUGGCGCGCAUCUCGCUGCGGCCGGGACCGCUGUACAUCAACGUCGACGAAGGACGGGAGGUGUCUACGGUGGCGGGCUUGGAGCAGGGGUACGUUGUGUGCGAGUCUGACCAGCGGUUCUUGCUGCUGUUUUCGUUUUUGAAGCGAAACAUGAAGAAGAAGAAGAUUAUUGUGUUUUUAAGCUCGUGCAACUGCGUCAAGUACUUUGGCGAGCUACUCAACUAUAUUGACCUGCCGGUGCUGGAUCUACACGGCAAGCAGAAGCAGCAGAAGCGGACAAACACUUUCUUUGAGUUUUGCAACGCCAAGCAGGGAAUUUUGAUCUGCACGGACGUGGCUGCGCGAGGACUCGAUAUCCCGGCGGUGGACUGGAUCAUCCAGUACGAUCCGCCAGAUGAUCCGCGAGACUACAUCCACCGGGUUGGACGUACAGCGCGGGGCACAGAAGGCAAGGGCAAGUCGCUGAUGUUUUUACUUCCGUCCGAGCUUGGGUUUUUGCGGUACCUGAAGGCGGCGAAGGUGCCGCUGAACGAGUACGAGUUCCCGGCGAACAAGAUUGCGAACGUGCAGGGCCAGCUCGAGAAGCUGGUGGCGGGCAACCACUGGCUGAACGAGAGCGCGAAGGAGGGAUACCGCGCGUACGUGCAGGCCUAUGCGAGCCACCACCUCAAGUCGGUGUACCAGGUCGACAAGCUGGACCUGGCGAAGAUCGGCAAGGCGUUUGGCUUCCGCGUGCCGCCGCGGGUGAACAUCUCUGUGGGUUCGGCGUCGAUGAAGAGCAAGAGCACCAGCAAGAAUGGCAACGGCAAGCACAGCGAGCACAAGCGGCGGAGGGUGGACUAGAGUGUAAUAAGUUAGGUAAUCAAGAAUAGGUUUUGUCAUGUGACCUUAUGUGACCGAGUGUGAUCUGUGAGUGAGUGUGAGUUGGGAGAAAAAGCAGUCACGCACGCAGAGCAACAACACACACGGCUGCCGAGCGCGGAGACGAGCAGAGAUCCACCGCCGAGAGCAGAAUAAGCAGAAAACUGGAAUCGACGAGAAAAACAGAGCAAAAAACACGUAGAAAACAGGGAAAUUCAGCGCAGAAAAGACCGGACUGGUUCGCGGAAGCUCGUGCGUGGCCGGCAGUGGGCGUGGAGGCUGCCUUCUCCCAAGGAGUUCCCAGAUACUCCCAUUUUAAUCUGGGGAUUAAUACACUCCAAACAUACACAGUCAGCACCCGCGCAUCUUUCCCCAAAACACGACACUCCCUCCCCUUCUCCCUGCAUCCACCGAGGCCGCCCUCCUCCUCCCCAGCUCCCUGCUU